AAGCACUAGCUUUCGGAGCGUUGCUACUUCAUCACUUUGUCCACUCCAGUCCAACACCGGCAUCUCCAUAUCAGGACUGUAAGGAUAGGUUUCGUGCAAAAACAACAGAAUAUGCUGGAGAAACUCAGCAGGUCUGAACUUCAUCUGUUCUGAUGAAGAAUCGCCGGCCUCGAAAUGUUAACGUGGCUUUCUUCCCACAGAUGUUGUCAGACCUGCAAAACUUCUCCAACAUUUUCUGUUUUUCUUUCAGACUUCCAUUCGCAGUUCUUUGUUUUAUUACCAGUUUCAUACAUUCAUUCCGCAGAAAGCACGUUUGCUGCCGGAAACCGGGGGUCUGUUACGGUGGUGACACCGACCUGAAACCGCUCCAUUCCAUGUUGUGGGCGGUGCAACUGGAUCCGUUUCCGGGUCAGCCCCGGGCUCAGGUUCCGGGACAGAAGAGCGAAGUGGAGCCGCGGGCGAGAGUUACUUUUCACUCAGGGACCUGAUGUCUGAUAGCAAGGAGGAACCAGGAUGGAACGACUUGAGCAGCAUCUCCCAACCAUUGCUUCGAUCAAUACAUCCCAGUCUCUGAGCCAGCCUGGACUGCCGGCACGAUGUCAGUCACUUGAUGAAACGAAAGCAAUUUCUGACGUUCGCAGGACUUUCUGCCUGUUUGUAACCUUUGACCUGCUGUUUGUUUCACUCUUGUGGAUAAUCGAGCUGAAUACAAAUGGUGGCAUUAAAGAGAAUCUAAAAGAUGAAAUAUUAAGUUAUGACUUCAGAACCUCACUCUUUGACAUAUUUUCACUGGCUGUGUUUCGCUUCCUGGUAUUGCUGCUUGCCUAUGCCCUUCUGAGACUCCGUCACUGGUGGGUGAUUGCGGUCACUACUUUAAUUACCAGUGGCUUUUUAAUUGUAAAAGUCAUUCUUUCAAUUCAGUUCCAGACCAGUGGUGCAUUUGGUUAUGUUCUCCCAAUUGUUUCCUUUGUCCUCGUUUGGCUGGAGACCUGGUUUCUUGAUUUCAAAGUAUUAAUUCAAGAGACAGAAGAUGAGCGAUUGUACCAGACAUCUCAAGCAGCAUUUGUGCACUCACCUCUUCUGUACCCCAGAGGUGUAUCCGAGGGACAAUUCUAUUCUCCUCCAGAGUCCUUUGCAGGCUCUGAAGAUGAGUUUGAAGGUGAAGGUACUGAAAGGAGAGCAGUAACACCACAGGAAAAGGAGUAUGUGUGUCAGGGUCAAGAGGCAAUGCAAGUGAUGGAACAAAUACUGGGACAGGAGGCGUGCUGGAAGUUUGAGAAAGCGAAUGAAUACAACGAUGUUGUUUACACAUUUGAAAUCCCAUAUCAUGGCAGGAGCUUCAUUCUAAAGGCGUUCCUGCAAUGCCCUGCUGAGCUGAUAUAUCAGGAAGUCAUUCUUCAACCUGAGAAGGUGGUCAUUUGGAACAGAACAGUUACUGUUUGCCAGGUUCUCCAGCGGGUCGAUGAUAACACUGUAAUCACCUAUGAUGUUUCAGCAGGAGCUGCAGGAGGGGUUGUUUCUCCCAGGGACUUUGUGAAUGUGCGUCGUAUUGAGAGGAAGAAAGAGAUGUAUAUUUCUUCUGGUAUGUCAACUACACAUAACUCCAGACCUCCACAGAACAAAUACGUCAGAGGUGAGAAUGGGCCUGGAGGGUUUGUGGUGCUGAAGUCUCCUCAGAACCCCAGAGUCUGCACCUUUCUUUGGAUACUGAAUACAGAUCUUAAGGGCCGGCUGCCCCGAUACCUGAUCCAGCAGAGUCUCGCAGCCACCAUGUUCGAGUUCAUUGCACACCUGAGGCAGCGAAUCAGUGAAAUAAGGGAAGCAUCACAAUACUGACUGCAACAUAAAACAUCAUAUCAACUCCAUCUGCAGAAAACAGUGUCCAAAUCAGCAAUUACAAACCAAGAUCAACUUACUGACUAACAAACACCUACUCAUCAUUGUACUAAUCACUGAAAGAUUGUUUUAAAGUUAUUCUUCACAUGGCUACGCUGAUUGAACUUUCACCUGAAGAGCCAAAAGGAAUUGAGAUAUAAUACUGAACGAUUUUAUUUUUUAUAUUAUUUCAUUUUUUUUGUAUUAUGUUGUUUAACUCUGUGUACAAUCCUGCUGCUACGGGAGUUUUACACUUAGAAACAAAUAUUAGCUGUUUGACAACAGCUUUGCGGUUCUCUGAUACAGAAGGGUCACUGAGUGCUGCGAGGCUGAAAUAUUUGCUGCAUCCACUAGGUGUUGCUAUAGAGGCAGAUACAUUUGUGAUGGAUUGUUUAUUCCUAUUUUUUGGGGUUAGAUAAAAGAAAUUUGUUUUAAUAGUGGAUAGCAGCCUCUCCUAGCUCAAAGGGCUAUUUCACCAUCCAGCCUAGAUCUGAGCUCCCAGGGGCAGGAGGAUCAUGCGUCCUGCUGAUUGCAUGUUCUACACUGGGCCUUAGCUGGAGAAACAGCUGGAAUUCUGUUGUUGAUAACUGUCCAUUGAGUGAGUGGUUUACAGCUGAAGAAUCAACGAUGAGGUCCCUCAGGGUGGAAUAUCUUCCUGCCAUUCACUGGAAUGAGGGACUAGAGGAAGGUUAUUGUGAAUCAAGUCUGUAUGUGAUAAUUGUCUCUGUCUUCAGGAAAGGUGAGAUAUCAUAUGAUCAACUAUUACUCUAGUUUAGCUGGGAAAGCAUUGUUAGCAGUCGUAGCUGGAUGUACAAAUGUAACUGUUGCAUUGAGCAGAUGAGGGACUGUUUAGUAGAUGUGUGAUUGUUUUCUCGUGAUUAACCAUGUUAAUUCCUCAUUCAGCUUCUUCUUGAUUCCCAUCUCCCAUAUUCUUGACAUAGAUUAGGUUGGAUUAGAUUCCCUACAAUAUAGAAACAGGCCCUUUGGUCCACCAAGUCCACAUCGACCCUCUGCAGAGUAACCCACCCAGACCAUUCUUCUACCCUAAAUUUAUCCCUGACUAGGCAAUUUGGUAUGGCCAAUACACGUAACCUACACAUCUUUGGAUUCUGGGAGGAAACCGGAACACUCAGGAAACCCAUGCAGACACGGGGAGAAUGUACAAACUCCACACAGACAGUGCCCGAGGCAGGAAUCGAACCUGGGUCCCUGGCACUGUGAGGCAGCAGUGCCAACCACUGAAUUGCGACAUACUCCAGUUUUGUUUCAUGUUUCCUGCACAGAUCUGAUUAAGGUAAAACAUCCUGUCCUAGGACUGGACUGUAUUCUAAAAGUCAAAAAAGAAGUAUUAAAUCAGAAUAAAACCAUAAAAUUGAUUUUUAAGAAAA